UGCAACCCUUCUCCAGCGACGAGAACAAGCCUCAACGCGCCGCGCUUUCCAACUUCGAAGAUGCAAGUCCCUCUUCUUCGUCUCCAAUGCGGCUGCAACAGCUACGAAUGGGGCAAGAUUGGGAAGGACUCGGCCGCAGCUCGCUUUGCUUCAGCUACACCAUCGAGUGGCUUCUCGAUUCAACAAGAUCAGCCAUAUGCCGAACUAUGGAUGGGUACACAUCCUUCAAACCCAUCGAAAGACCUUGCAACCGGCCGCACUCUUUUGGACCUGCUGCAAGACAACCAGGCUUUGCUGUCGCCGACAAUCUCGAAGCGAUAUGGGAACAAGCUUCCCUUCCUGUUCAAAGUUCUCAGCAUCAGCAAAGCGCUCUCAAUCCAAGCACAUCCUAAUAAGAAGCUGGCUGAGCAGCUCCAUUCUCGUGAUCCAAAGCACUAUCCGGAUGACAACCACAAGCCGGAGAUGACGAUUGCGGUCACUCCAUUUGAUGGUCUCUGUGGUUUUAGACCGCUAGACCAGAUUGCCCAUUUCCUGCAGAGCGUUCCUACGCUCCGACAGCUGGUCGGCGAGGACACCGCAGCCAACUUCGAGAAAACGACCAAGGGACAAGAGACUACCAAUGAUAGCUCCAAGACGCAGCAGAACAAGAAGGCAUUGCAGGCAGCCUUCACAGCUCUCAUGCUGUCAAAACCGGCGGAUAUUGAGAAGGCCGCGCCCGAAUUGAUCAAGCAAGCUCAAGCAGAAGGGGCACAGUUCGCUGGGAGCGGUGGCCCUGCCAACGAUGGUCAGGAGCUCGCCGACCUCAUGGUCCGCCUCAACGACCAGUUCCCCAACGACAUCGGGCUCUUCGUCAGCUUCUUCCUGAAUUACGUGAAGCUUGAGGUCGGCGAAGCCAUGUUCUUGAAGGCAGAUGACAUUCAUGCCUACCUCUCGGGUGAUAUCAUCGAAUGCAUGGCGUCUAGCGACAACGUGGUCCGCGCCGGCUUUACGCCCAAAUUCAAAGAUGUCGACACCUUGACCACUAUGCUCACCUACUCGUACGCACCAAUCAGCGAGCAGAAGAUGAGUCCCGUUGACUACGCCUACGUCAAGCUCAACACGACCGCAUACAGCUCAAACUCGAGCUCGACACUCUACGACCCCCCUAUCGAAGAGUUCAGCGUGGUGAAGACUGACAUUAAUGCGGAAAGAGGCAAAGCAACAUUCGAGGCCGUUGGGGGACCGUCGAUCGUGAUCUGCACCAAGGGUGUCGGCAAGAUCAGCGUCGGUCCAAAAACCGAAGAGAUCAAAGAGGGCUAUGUCUACUUUGUGGGCGCUACCGCCGAGCUGGUUCUGGAAAGCACAGGCAGCGAGCCUCUUGUCACAUUCAAGGCCUUCUGUGAGCUGGACGAGCCGCAGUCCAAUGGCUCCAAUGGCAAUCUCUAGCAGUUGAGUUUAUUUUUGGCAGAGGAUGGGAAAAAAGUUGAUAGACGAGUCUGUUGGAGCAUCUCAGAUCAGAUCCGCGAUACUCAUACAAUCAUGUC